ACAUCUUUUCAUUGAUACAAUAAACCCUCCUCGGGCACCUUGCAGACAGCUGGUUUCAGAAUGGCACAACUUAAGGCAGAAAAGAAAUUCACUCUGUAUUAUUUUCCUACAUCAUAUUCUUCACAAAAGGUUCUGCUUGCUUUUUUUGAAAAAGAAUUGACCUUCACCCCUCGUCUGGUCAGUUUAUUUUCUGGACAACACAAUCAACCAUGGUAUGUCAAACUAAAUCCAGAGGGUGCACAUGUACCUGUUCUCAGGGAUGAAACAACAGACACUACUGUUACAGAUCCUGCCAGCAUUAUGGAAUACCUGGACAAAGCUUCUGAAAAUGGUGAGAGGUUAUUUCCUGACGAGUCCUCAGAACUUGGUAAACAGGUGAGACAGCUGUGUAAGCGACUGGACAUGAUUGAAAUGGACGUGAUUACGUAUGGCAUUAUAUAUCAUCCGCACUUGUCUGAUGCUGGGUGUCAGAUCUCAGGGGCAGAACAAAGGAGUAUGAGGGAGAACUUUGCUAAUCGCCUGAGCUAUUUAACAGAGUUAGCAGCAGCUCACCCGGCACUACGAGACAGCUACUUAACCAAAAGCCAGAUAGCGGCACAGAAGUUUGACAUCAUCACAGAUGAAGCCAAGGUCAAAGGUCACUUAGAGGCCCUGAAACGAACAUUGAAAGAUAUUGAACAGCAGCUGAAAGAGCUUAAAGAGAAAAAUGGAGAUGUGGCAGAUGAGUUGUGGUUGUUUGGUCCCAUGUUCACUGCCGCAGACAUCCACCUCACCGUACUCUUAAACCGUUUAACUCUGUUAGGCAUGGAUAGAGAAUAUUUUUCACAGAGCCUAUGUCCUCACAUUGACAGUUAUUUCUCCCAAGUCAAGAAACGCCCCACGUAUGUAAGGCUGGAGAAGGAAGUCUCAACACUGAGGCUGACGUUAGUGUGGGAGAACUUGAAGGCUUGGUCUCCGUACUUAGCUGGAGCGGCAGGUCUGGGCUUGGCCGCAGGGGGAGCUUAUUUAAUUUACCAAAAGACUAAAUGAUAUUUAUCCCAUAUAGUUUAAUAAUUAACAUAUACAUGAGAUUUUUUAAAGUUCAUGUAUUGUCCUAUUAACUUUUAUAUAUGUGUGAAUUUUAGCACACAUAUACAAACCCAUCAAUGUUUGCUUGUGAUAGUUGUGGCAUUUUCUUUUUUUUUUAUUUUCAAAUUGAUUUUUAGAUCUUUCAGAGUGCAUUUUACAACAGUUGAGCUGAUUUUGACAAUUUUUAUGUACAUGUAUCUGUGCAAUUUUGAGAAUGAUUUCAAAAGAUUUUGGUGCUUCCAUUUUGUUUCAAUGUCAUUGUAUGUUCAUUAGAUAGCAAUUUGUAGAUGGCAGUCAAAGUUGUGUUAGAAACCAAGAAAUGUGUUGCAUAUUGAUAUUUGUUUGACAUACAUUUAUGAUUGAUGAUAGAAUGAAGCAUAUAGACAUGAGCAUUUACAUAAAUGCACAUAAAUUAUACCCUCCAUCUUUCUUUCCAAAAGGAAAUUAGGUUGUAUAUUUCAUUUUGCUUUUUU